AUGUGGGGAGGCAGCAUCAUGAAUGGGGGCCACCGCGGAGCGCCUGGUGCCGGGAGCCCCGUGCUCGCAUGCUGCUCCCCGCAGAAGAUGUGCUCCUGGAUGCUGAGCUGUUGCUUAGCCCUUCAGCACCUGGCCGUGCAGGCCUCCUUGCUCUGCAUCUUCCACCUCCUCCUGCUGCCCACCCUGCCCAAGGAGCCGCCCCACGCCCAGGCCACCAGCGAGCUGCUGGCACGCAGCCUCUUUGCCUGCGGCAUCUCCACGGUGCUGCAGACCACCCUGGGGAGCCGGCUGCCGCUCGUUCAAAUCCCAUCCUUCGAGUACCUGGUCCCUGCCAUGGUGCUGAGCUCCCACCUGUCCCUCAGUGCCAGCACGGACAGGAACGGCACAGCCGUGGCGAGCGCAUGCCUUGCACCACACUGCACUGUCGCAGGGAGCCAGGCUGCCUCGCUGCGAGAGGUCUCUGGAGCUGUGCUGGUCUCUGGGCUGGUUCAGCUGGUGCUGGGAGUGUCUGGUGUGUGUGGGUGGGCAGCCCGGCGCUGCGGGCCCAUGGUCCUGGCCCCCAGCCUCUCCAUCAUCGGGCUGUCCACAUACAAGGAGGCUGCUUUCUUCUGCUCCACUAACUGGGGCGUAGCGCUGCUGCUCAUGCUCCUCGCUGUCACCUUCUCCCAGCACCUGGGGUCCUGCCGCCUGCCCUUCUGCGCCUGGCCCCAGGCUCAGGGGGGCUCCACGGAGCCAUCUGUCCCCACCCUGCGCACAUUCUCGGUACUCUUCCCGUUUGCUGGUGUCUGCGUUGUCUGUGCCAUCCUCAGCCACCUCCACAUCCCCUGGGAAUCGCUGGACCUGGCCAUGGCACAGCUGUCCUGGGCCAACAGCACCUUCCAUGCGCCUUGGGUCCGCAUCCCCUACGCAGGCGAGUGGGGGUGGCCGCUGCUCACCCCCCGAGCACUGGCAGUGGGCAUUGCCAUGGCCAUCGGCUGCAGCAUGAACUCAGUGGGCUGCUACGUGCUGUGUGGGAGGCUGCUGCGAGCCCCCCGGCUGCCCCCCGAUGCCUGCAACCGGGGACUCUGCACAGAAGGGCUGGGCAGCCUCCUGGCAGGGCUGCUGGGCACCGGGGGCACGGCCGCCAGCAUCGCCAAUGCCUGCACCACCGGCCUCACGCAGGCUGGCUCUCGCCUCUCGGCGCAAGUAAGCGCGCUGGCGUGCGUGGUGCUGGGCAUGUCCCCGAGGCUGGCAGGGCUCCUCACCCACAUCCCGCUUGCGGUUCAUGGAGGGGUGCUCUCUGUCACCUACGCCGUGGCUGUGGGCACGGGGAUCUCCUACUUCCAGUACGCAGACAUCGACUCAGGGAGGAACAUCUUCAUCGUUGGCUUCACCAUGUUCAUGGCGCUGCUAGUGCCGCGGUGGUUCGGCACGGCUCCGGCUCACCUGGCCACAGGCUGGGUGUCCCUGGACCUCCUCUUCCUCUCCCUGCUCAUGGUGCCUGUCUUCUUAACUGGCUUCUUGUCUUUUUUCCUGGAGAACACGGUCUCAGGAACCCUGGAGGAGCGAGGGCUGCUCUCCGAGCUGGCGCCACAGAAAGUCAGGGCAGGCGAUUGCCACCCCUAUGGAGAGAAGGGCGAAGCCAGCCAGGUGUAUGGGCUCCCUGCCGGGCUGAAGAGGCUGCUGCCGUCCUCCUGCAAAGCCUUCCCCUGCUGCUUCCUUUGCCCGGGGAGCGAGGAAGAGGAGGAGAAGGAGGAGGAAGAGGAGGAGGGCAGCCGUGCCACCGAGGAGGGGACUGCUGCCCCAGGGGAAGGGACGCACCUGCUCCCCAAACCCAGCUUGGAGGAGCCGCAGCUGGCCAGGAGGCAGAGCGAGAUGGAGAUGCCAGUGUGGCAAACCGUGGCCUGA